AUGCAUUUACAGACUUUACUAAUUGUUUUUGUUUUAUCUUUUGCGUGUGGGCAAGACAGACGGAUAAUACCAAAAUUGAAUCCUGGUUGUGACAACUGUGGAAAAUCAACAACCCUCCUUUAUAUCAGAGCAGAUGGCAGCCAGGAUACUGUCCACCAGCUAUGGGACUUUACACGAGGAAUGCCCACCAUCAUCUACGUCAUUUCAAAGCUCAAUACAUCACUGACGAUAAACUGGAGAUUCAAUGAGCCAAUGGAAUUUAAACUCUCAGAGAAACCGCUGUACAGCUUUGCUGUUUCUAUUGAUAAGCUAACUGAAUACAAUGACAUCGAAAACAACGGGUACAUAGACAACAGAUGCCCACAGAGGGCGCUGUCACUGCGCGACAUGGAGUGGACGCGUGGCAACACUGUGUUGGACAACACGGAGGCAAUGGUGCAUAUGCGCGGGAAAUUCGGGGAAGAGAAUCAACAUGGCGUUAUUGAUAUGAAACUCGACCUCCUGCCAUUCAAAGAUUAUGCAGUAGACCUGCCACAUCUGAUCCACACAGCCAACUCCACUCUGGUAGACGUCAGCCUAGUAAACCUGACGUCAUCACCUGACUACAACGCGUCCCGGUUUGCCCUGCAUUUCACUAUUGUGAGCACGGAUGCGAAUAACGAGAACAUGAGCUACAGUAUGAGGAAGAGCUUGGAUGAUGAACAUACUCCCGGCGUUUUUGAGAUAUUUGAGAUCAGGACCCCUAAGUCGAGCCGGUCGGAUGACGGCGGCUUCAUACAGUUCCGCCCCGUCAGCUACACGGAGCAGGAACGCAGCGUCUCGUCCUCUACCAACGCUUACAUAUCUAACUUUACCUGGACAACAAUACCCAAAACGAGUACGUUGCGCAUGUUCUACGAGGAGUUCGAAAAAGCCAACCUGUUGGUGCAGGACAUGUUCAUCUCCUUCGGGUUGCCCGGCGACGGCUUCUACAGGCAACAUAACUACACUUCUUGGUCCUUCACGAUAGGCUACGGGAUCCCACCAGUAGAAAGCUUCUCCCUAUUUGUGAUCAUCAUCAUAUCCAUCGGCCUUGGAGUGCCCAUCCUCCUGGCACUGUCAGGCAUCACGUUCGUCAUAGUAAGAAGGUGUAAGCAGAGAAACCCACCAACAAGGUUUACUGAUGAUGAAUAA